GCCCCCGGGGCCCCGCCCCGCCCCCGCCUCCGGAGCCGCGGCCUUCGCGGAGCACCCAACCGCCCCUCGCCCAGGCCCGGGGCCGCACGAGCGCCGAACCUCGGGCUGGACACCAAGAUGCCUGGCGAACAGCAGGCAGAGGAGGAGGAGGAGGAAGAGAUGCAGGAGGAGAUGGUGCUGCUGGUGAAGGGUGAGGAGGAGGAGGGUGAGGAGAAGUAUGAGGUGGUGAAACUCAAGAUCCCUGUGGACAACAAGGAGGUCGCCAGCCAGAUGCCAGCGCCGUCGGCCGACCCGGCGCGCCCCCACGCGUGCCCGGACUGCGGCCGUGCCUUUGCACGCCGCUCCACACUAGCCAAACAUGCGCGCACGCACACGGGCGAGCGUCCCUUCGCGUGCACGGAGUGCGGCCGGUGCUUUUCGCAGAAGUCGGCGCUGACAAAGCACGGCCGCACGCACACGGGCGAGCGACCCUACCAGUGCCCAGAGUGCGACAAGCGCUUCUCCGCCGCCUCGAACCUGCGGCAGCACCGGCGGCGUCACACGGGCGAGAAGCCGUACGCAUGCGCACACUGCGGCCGGCGCUUUGCGCAGAGCUCCAAUUACGCGCAGCACUUGCGCGUGCACACGGGCGAAAAGCCUUACGCGUGCCCGGACUGCGGACGAGCCUUCGGCGGAAGUUCGUGCCUGGCGCGCCACCGACGCACGCACACGGGCGAGCGCCCGUACGCAUGCGCCGACUGCGGCACGCGCUUCGCUCAGAGCUCGGCGCUGGCCAAGCACCGGCGCGUGCACACGGGCGAGAAGCCGCAUCGCUGCGCCGUGUGCGGCCGGCGCUUCGGCCACCGUUCCAACCUGGCGGAGCAUGCGCGCACGCAUACGGGCGAGCGGCCCUACCCGUGCACGGAGUGCGGCCGGCGCUUCCGCCUCAGCUCACACUUCAUCCGCCACCGACGCGCGCACAUGCGGCGCCGCCUCUACAUCUGCGCCGGCUGCGGCCGAGACUUCAAGCUGCCCGCCAGUGCCACAGCCGCCACGCCCACCGAGCGCUGCCCGGAGUGCGAGGGCAGCUGAGCCACGGCGGGGCAGCGAGGGGCACUUGGGGUUUGCACCCGAACGGCUCCUUCCGCGCCUGCCACCCGGGUCGGGGUGCUUUGGGACGGGGCGACAGGGAGUGCCCUAAUUGGGGUCCCUCGAAACCGUGCCCCGUCCCCAGCUACAUUCCCUUGGCCUUUCUGAGUGAAUAAAGUAUUCUAUCCUCAC